GCUAGCUUUAAGUAGCAUUUGUCGCAGUGAGAUAAGUGAGAUGAAAUGAGUGAUCACAAUAAAUAUUGUAAUAUGUUUAAUAACUCGGAAAAUGAUGAAUCCCUUGAAAAUAAGGAUGGUAAAGAAAAUGAUGAACUGCUUAUUGAUGCGUUUUGGAUUGUCAAAACGUUGGGUAAGACUCCGUGAAAGAUUCGGUAAAGGAAAACGGUAAAGGGAGUUGGAUUCAAGGAGUGGCAGUGGAGUUAGUCAACGAAGUGGCUUUAUAUAUUACGAAAAUAUGUCAUUUCUAAAUGACCAUAUCAAAAGAAGGAAGUCUUAUACGAAUGUUUCAAUUGUGAAGCGUAUAAAGACAAUGGAUGUCUCAGCUAAUAAGCCUGACACACACAUCUCACCAACGAGUUCUCUGUUAACAAAUAAAAAAGACAAUCAAAUCAAUCUUCCAAUGGACAGUGCAACUAUGGAAAAUACGGAGUCCUCAAUCUUCAAGAUCGCCUCACAACUCUCUAAUGCAGGAGAUGAAAUACCGAUGCAACCUUCUGUGCAACCAUAUACAAACUUCUCAACACGAUUUAAAAACAUUUCCUUGCCAGACACUGGCUCUGCUGCAUCAUUAAUGAAUUCACUCGAAAAUGAUCACUCAAGUUCAAGUACUUCACCCAAAUGUUGUCCAAAUACACUUAGUAUUCUUGAUGAAUCUGAAGAAUCUACAUUGUUUUCAACAAGAGAGUCAACACCUCUAGCAUUCAAAAGUUUGCAAGCUACACCAGUGUCGCAACAACCACCAUAUAAGAAAAAAGAUAACUCGGGCGCAUUGGAGAGUUCUCUAGUUUUACUUUGUCAAACUAUGCACAAACGUCUCCAGAAUAAUCGUAAUUCCGAAAUUACUGGUUCCUCGGAAGAAACUUUUGCAAGGUUAAUCGCGAAUCAAUUAGAAAAGUUACCAUCAUAUGAAAAAUAUAAACGCCAGCAAGCAAUUAUGCAAAUUUUGUAUGAACCUUAUAUAAUUCUUGAAGACGAAAAUGACAGCAAAGUUACGAACCAUUUUUAUAUUUCAAAUUUUAGAUAGCAUACUAUUAAUUUCGUAUUUGUGUUCCUAAUGUUCCUAAUGUUUAUUUUUAGAUAGGAUGCUAUAUUAUUU